AUGGCUCCGGCACAGGGGUUCCUCUCCUGCAGGGGCGCCCUCUGCCGCUCAUGCCUCUUGGGGUCGGCCAGGAGUCCUGCGCUCCCGCAGCGCCAUCAACGGAGACCCAUCUCCCAGGGCUGGAUCAGGAAAACCCAGGAGGCAGAGGAGGCAUGGCAGAAGCGGGCACAGGAAAUUCUGGACGGCAAGAUCCAGAACACCUGGGAUAUGCUUGAGGAGAGAGGCUAUGUGAAGGACACUGCUGGGACACGAGACACGAUCCGCGAGCUCAUGAGGAGAAAACGGAUAGCUGCCUACGUUGGCAUUGACCCGACGGCCUCCUCCCUCCAUGUCGGCCACCUGCUCCCUCUUAUGCCCCUCUUCUGGAUGUACAUGCACGGCUACGGUGCCUUCUCCCUCAUCGGCGGCUCAACAGUCAAAAUCGGCGACCCGACAGACCGGCUCAAGUCCCGAGAGCCCAUCUCGAAGGCCGACCUUGCCAUGAACAUGACCAAGAUGCACUUUCAGCUCAAGAAACUGUGGGCGAACGUCGAGGACGAAGCGAGGCGCUUUGGCUACAAGAAGGAGUGGGCCUGGAGGCGCGGUCUGAUCAACAACAAUACGUGGUGGAACAAGCAGCCUAUGCUAGAGGUCCUCAAGAGAGUUGGUACCCACAUGCGGCUAGGGCCCAUGCUGUCUCGCGAAACAGUCAAGAGGAAAAUGACUGAAGGAGACGGCGUGUCCUUCGCCGAGUUCUCCUACCCCAUCAUGCAGGGCUGGGAUUGGUGGAUGCUCUUCCAGCAGCGCAAAGUCCAGAUGCAGAUCGGCGGUUCCGACCAGUAUGGCAACAUCAUCACCGGUAUCGAGAUUGUCAAGGCCGCACGGGAUAGCGAGCCGGAUCCGGCGAAGCGCCUUCCCGCGAACGACUUCUUGGACGACCCUGUCGGCUUCACUGUCCCCCUCCUGACGGACUCGGCUGGCAACAAGUUCGGCAAGAGUGCCGGCAACGCUAUCUGGCUCGACCCGUUCAUGACCCCUCCCUACGAUCUCUAUGGAUACUUUGUUCGCCGUCCGGAUGACGAAGUCGAGCGCCUGCUCAAGCUUUUCACUUUCCUCCCCAUGGACGAGAUCCAAAAGAUCAUGAUGGACCAGGUAACCGCCCCCGAAAAGCGCAUUGCCCACCACCAUCUAGCCUACGAAGUCGUCCGACUCUGCCACGGCAAAGACGCCGCCGACGAAGCGCAAACCCGCCACAAGUUGAUGUACAGCAAGGGCCCCGACGCGCUCAAGAUUCAGCUGCCCAAGUCCGCGCAAGCCGAGGGCCAGGAGCGCGCGGGCAUCAUCACGCCCAACAAUGCACCACGCAUCGACAUGAUCCUCCCCGAGUCCCUCAUCAUGGGCAAGUCCAUCGGCAAGAUCCUGUACGCGGCCGGUCUCGCCAAAAGCGCGAGCGAGGGCCAUCGUCUGGCUGUGCAGCAAGCCGUGUACAUCGGCGGUGCCCCAGGUCGCAAGGUCGGCCAGGCCGAGCCCAUGGAUGAGUCCCAGCUUACGUUCAACCCGGUUAAGUUGUGGUUCCCGCAGGAGACGCAGCGCUACCUGAUUGAUGGGAAGAUUCUUAUCCUGCGCAGGGGCAAGCAUAAUGUGCGGAUUAUCAAGAUGGUUAGUGACGAAGAGUAUGCCAAGUCGGGAGAGACGUAUCCAGGUCAGCCGUAUACCGGCGCGGUGCGCAUGUUAAGGGAGCAAAUUAAGCAGUUGAAGAGCGGGCUGAAGACGCCAGAGGAGGUGAGGAAGUUUAUUAUGGAGGAGAGUAAAAGGGAGGCGGAGGAGAAGGGGAAGAAGGGUGGGGAUGAGAUCGAGUUCCCGGAUGAGAAGCCUGGCUAUGUUAGGUAUUUGGAGGGUCAACUGAAUGCGUUGUUGGAUGAGGUUGAUGCGGGGAAGAAGGGUGAGGAUGAGGGGAAGAAGGAGUAA